AGGCUUUCCUCCAGAAAAUUAAAAAACGCUGAGGUCCAUGGCUUACCACACCCUAUUGAUAGAAUGUGUGGUGGUGAGCAGCCUACUAACUCUCAGUGGCUCCAGUCCGUCAUCUCAGUUUGACGACCAGUUCGAUCCCUUUGAUGACAGUUUUUAUGAGCCUGGACCCCCUUACCUCGGUGACAUAGUCAAGAAUGUCCCCCGAGUUGGACGUAGAAAUGACUUCUUUCUCAAGGCAGCCAAAUCUGUUCCGAGGAUUGGCCGCAGGGACGCGACUGAAGAGGUAAACCCGCCUCAGAUUACCAAGAACUUACCAAGAAUCGGGAGAAGGAACGAUUUCUUUUUGAAGGCUGCUAAAUCCGUUCCCAGAAUUGGAAGGAGGAACGAUUUCUUCCUCAAAGCUGCUAAGUCUGUACCACGAAUUGGCCGAAGGGAAGAUAGAUUGGACAAACGAGGAGCUCUCACAAACGCUAUGGAGGGAGGAGAGAUGUCGGCAUGGCCUUGGUUCCGAAACCCUGAACUAAUGCCACGAGCAUUCAAGAGGAGUGAAGCUUUCCAUGGGCCAGAGCAAGAGAGGGACCAUGGUUUAGUGUUUUACAAAAUCGAUUUGCACAGAGAAGUAGAAGAACCAAGAUUCCAAGCAGAGGUGUGAUACAUAUCUUCAGUAGUAAACCAAAUUAUUUAUUGCAACUGUCCGUUAUAUAUUUGUUAUAUUUGUCAGUUAAUGAGGCCAUUAGUUAAGUAAAAUAUCUAAA